UUAAUGAGAGACUUUUUCAAAACGGCUUGUGAUUUCUUCCUUCUGACUCCUGCAGGAGUGCAUCGCCAUCCAUCGUUCCAGUGGUCGGGGAAUGACAGCCAUUGAUGGCUCGUCCGGGUGGACAAGGGAGCGGGUCUCUGAGAACAGGACUCCGGAAACUGCCCGACUCGCCGGCCAGCAAUGAUACUCAGACGCAGACACGGCAAGGAACUCUCACCAAUCAAAUACGGCCCCCAGCCGCCUUGCUAGCUCAAUCGGUAGAGCGUGAGACUCUUAAUCUCAAGGUUGCGGGUUCGACCCCCGCGUGAGGCUCAAAUCCUCGCAGCGAUUGUGUGCAAGUUCUU